UGAUACUUUUCAGCAUUUGCUAUACAACACCUACGUGCGCAAGUCCUGGGCGCACAUUGAAAAAGUGCUAGUGAAGUGAUCAAUUAUCGACAAUCGAUAUGAAGGCGUUUUUAGUUACGAUUUUGUUGUUCGGAAUCGCGAGGGCGAGCCAAAUCGAGAAUGAGACAGCAUCACCCUCAGAAGAGUCUCUCAAGCGAGGACUGAGCAACAAGUGCGCCCAGAGGGAAACGUCGGCAUGCAUCGCCGCGGAACUCGUGGGCUAUGUGGAUCGGAUGCUCAGGACGGCGUCCGUUCAGCUCAGCGAGGAUGCUAUGAUUGUUGAUGAAAGUAACGGUGCUGCCGCAGAGGUCACCGUCAGGCCAGAGACCCUCGCGCGAGCUGGCCACUCCCUAGAGGACCAGGCCCAACAGCUGAUCAUGGACAAGCUGUAUGCCUUCGCCACGACCAGGUCGUUGAGAUACAGGCUACUGGACAACGCUGACCUGGUCAUCUCUGGCAAGACUGAAAAGGAUGGCACUCUUGGCGUUGGAGUAUCAAUGAAGGCGCCCAAGGCAAUUGAAACCGGUCGCGCGCGGAACAAGAACAUCGGCCCGUUCUUAGCCGCUGCAGCCAUGAAAUUCGGCCUCCUCGGAGCUCUGACCUUCAAGGGUCUCACGCUCAUGGUCGGGAAGGCCUUGCUGAUCUCCAAGAUCGCACUGCUCCUCGCCACGAUUAUCGGACUGAAGAAACUUUUCUCCCAUCAGGUGAAAGACUAGUUGCAGCGGAGUAAAGGCUGUCAUCAAAAAGGAUUAACUCAAAUUCCUUGAAUGAGACUUGAUGGGAUGGAGGCACCGUGGCAGGAAAUACCUCAGCUAAAAUAUGUAACCUUUUGGCCCUUGGUAAAACAUGCAAAACAAGGUUAACUCAGCCUUUCGGCCCGGGCGUACACACGCACUGUAAGGGUUAACAGAAAACAAAAUGGUGUCUUCUAACCCAGCCAGAGAAUUGAUACGUGCCAAAGACCAAAAUCAACGAAUAUAAAAAAAAAACAUAAAAAUAAU